AUGACGCACUUGGCGAGGGCCAGGAUGAGGAAGGGCCAUGUGGUGGCUGAAAACAAGAGAAAACACAAGCAAUGGCAAUGGCAAUGGUACGUAGGUGUCGUCGUCAUGGAUGGGGAGGAGGAGCAGCCUCCCCAGCGCUACUGGUUCCCGUACUGGACCAGCCCUCCCCCGCCGCCGCCGCCCAGGCGCAGGCCGCCAUCACCUGCCGCCGCCUCCUCGCGCCAUCCCCACCGGACCACCGCCGACGGUACACAAGCAGCCGCAUCCAGACGCCCGCCUGCUCCUGCUGGCUCGUCGCCGCCGCCGUCCCGCGCCGCAGUACUGCCGACCAACCGCCUGCAUCAGCAUCAGCCGCCGCCGCCGCCUUCUUCAGCAAGCAAAGAUCGUCGUGAGCCACCUCCUCCCGCGCCCAAGGACGUCGCCGUCGUCAUCCCCACCGUGCAGCAGCAUCAGAAACAACCACCCAUGCAUCCGCAACAGCAGCAGCACAAGGGCGCCAAAGACGGCGGCGACGUGCGCAAGGACAUCAAGGCGGGGCUCGCCGGCCUGCUCAGCGCCGCCUCCCACGGCCAGCAAGGGACAAGCGUCAUCACGCUGGCCGGCGAGAACAAGGGCGCCACCAUGAAGAUAUCCGCCCCCGGAUCCGGAGGCACCAAAGGGGCCGGAGGGCAGAGCACCGGCGACAAGAAAAGCCUUGACGGCAAGGGCGUGGGCGUGAGGGCGAUGAUCAACAGCAACGUGCAGUCCAUCAACAACUCGCUGGUGCUCCAUAGCUCCUGCAGCGGCGACGACCUGGGCGUGCACCUCAAGCUCCAGCUCUCCGCCAAGUCCAAGAACAAGAAGCAGGUCGCCGAUACCACUACCACUACCGGCAAGCCUUCCGACGCCGAUACCAGUGUGAAGGAGAAGCAUCAGGCGCCCGAGGUGUCCAGCACCGUAAAAGCCAGCAAGCCCGCCGCCGCCGACAAACCAGGCAAGGAGAAGAAGGCCGAUGGCAGCAAACCAGGCAAGGAGAAGAAGCCCUCCGGCGCCGGCGCAUCCAACAAGCAGUGAAUAGUAUGAUGUAAAUACGUGUACUAGUUGUACAAUCAAAUAAAAAAUGCUACUGUACUAGACUAUGUGUGUUUGCUACCGUAUUGUAAUUGUAUUUGUAUGCAUGCAUUACGUAUAUGUGCUAGUACUACGUAGUAUUUUAGCGGAUGUUGCUCAUGCUCGUAUUGCGAUGUUUCCUGGGUCGCAGAGGACACUAGCUGGGCCGUGCUGUUGUUAGACGGAGGCAUUUGAAAUGGUAAAU